CUAGUUUUGUAUUGUAUUUCACCCUUGUAGCCAUUUUCCUGUCAUGUUUUUUUAUAGUGUAGGAUUGUCGACCUGAUCAGGCUGAACGAAGUGCGAAAGGACAGCAGUGUACUCACUAGAGAUCAUGGCUCUCUGUUGCGGAUGUCUUCCUUGCCAAAAGCAAGCUUCAAGAAGAUCUGAUAAUCCAGUCAGCAUGACAAACAUUGAUGACGCAUGCACCGCUUGGGCGCAGAAAAAGUAUGGCUCGAAGUACGACGUUGUGCACGUCGACACGAGUGACCUCAAAGUCGUAGAGGGAAACAUUAACUACAGUGAAGAGGAAAGAAAGGAGAACAAGUCGGUUAGACGCAGAAAAACGACAAUCAGAAAUAGAUUGUACCAUACCACUGCAGAACCGGAGGUCUCAGACCAAAGUACUAAAAAGUACACAUGUGUCUGGAAACAAACAACAGCAAAACAGCUGUCAGGGGGGCUAUCUGUUAGCGUGGGACUACCUGAAAAUGUAGGCUUGGGUGUCAAAGUAAGGGGGCAGUAUCGCCUAUCCGAAACGGAGACAACAACCUCGGGAACAGAAGAAACUUUAGGCCAUGUAACAAGGCUGCCGCUGCCUCCUCACUCAACAUUGCUCACAGAAAUGAUCACAACAGAGAAGGUCGUCACGGUGCCUUAUUCACUUAACUACCGCCUGCAGGGAAAUAUUGUGUUCACCUUGCAAAAGGACAAAGGAAAAAGAGAGGAGAAGUCCGUGAAUGUGGUUGAAAUCUACCAGGAAUUUGGGGGAAAGGUUGUAACGGACGCAGGUGGCGUUCUGCUUACUGCCGAAGUUGAACUGAAGGAACCAGAUCCUGACACAACAAUGAAGAUGAUACACAACGCUCUUCUGCUGAACGACAGCGCAAAGAUCGUGGAAGAGGUGAGAGACAGAUUUGCCCUUUCCAAGCUCCUGAAGGUAAUGUUUUCAAAACACGUCAUAUCAGAGGAAGAGUUGAAAACUGUAUCUGAUCAAAAGCUAUCUGUUAAAGAAAGUGUGGAUAAGCUUGUAUUAGUAUUAGAAAAUGCAGAACCCGAGAAAUUCUUAAUGUUUUUAGACAUUCUCCAGAGCGAGGGAUAUAAUGAGCUUGUAAAAGUGUUAGAUCCAAGAGGAAUAUAUCCUGACAAUGUUAAGCACAUUUCAAACUUAAGUGGGGUGGUGGAUCACUAUUUUGUCACCAAGAAAGAACGUGAGGUGAGUAACAGCCUAGAGUCAUCCAGGGGAGCCAUCCUUCAUGGCAUGCCCGGGUCAGGGAAGACACAACUGGCUAUCAAAGUGGCCGGUGAUUAUGCACGCAUGCACCCUCAUGCAGUGGUUUGGCUGCUAGAUGGAAGUUCAGAAGAGAAGCUCAAGGAUGGAAUAGAAAAGCUACAACAGAGAUUGGAUAGGGGAGCCAAUGUUAAUGACAUCAGCAUGUUUCAGAGCAAUAUCUCCCGCUGGAAACAUUGUCUCCUCAUCAUAAAUGAUCUGUCCCCAACGGUCGCAAUCCCGCAUCAAUUAAUGAGGUCCUCUGCCAAACUGAUAAUCACAACACAAGAUUCAUUUCUUUGCCACGAAGAUGUAAGGAGCAUCCCACAAGAGGGAUUCACAGAGGAUGAAGCAGUGGAGUUCCUAUCCCCCCAGAUGCCUCAGGGAACUCCCCCAGAACAUGUUAAGGAACUCGCAAACCUCUUCAGCUGUCUGCCCCUGGGGCUAGCAGCAGCCCGAGCCUCCAUCAAUACGGGUAGCAUGACAGUGGCGGAGUACAAGCGGCAGCUACGGGGUGGAAGGGCCGCGAUGGAAGCACUGAUGGACAGAGAGGACAGGUGGCUUCAGAAGUACUACAAGCCAGAACAGCAAGAUGCAGCCAGAAAUAUCUUUGCAGCCCUACAACUGGCCAUAGACAGCCUGGAUGAUCAGUGCAGUCCGGAAGCAGAGAAGACGUGCAAGGUCAUGCUGCAACAGUGUGCCUUUUUAGAGCCCAACAAAAUUCCUGUCCUGAUAUUGAAAGCUGCUUUGACAAGCAGUCCAACGAUUGGGUCCGAAGCACACUUUACGGAAAGGAUGAGGAUGUUCUCACUUGGCUCCAUCGAUGGCGAAGGAAUCAAACGUCGUUUGUCCAUCCAUGGUGUCACACAAAUGGCCCUCCGUCUCCAACUGGAAAAAGAGCAACAGACAACAACCUGCAUCAACAGGCUUCUGCAGAUACUUGUCAAGUUCUUUUCGAAGGACACACUGUAUGCUGAGAUGUAUAAAUUCAGCGUGUCUCUAAUGCCCCACGUGGAGGCAGCUCUGAAGCAUGCGGAUAAUCUAAGGGCGGUAUGCACAGAAUACCCCCUGAUGAAGGCCAGGCUGCUUAUGGUGUACGGUCAUCUGCUCAUACAGAAGGGAUCACCAGCCUUGUCUGAGGAGUGCUUGAUUGAAGCUGAGAAACUACUACUGGAGUUUGCACGCAUAGCUGGGCACAGCCUCUACAAUAACGUACAGAAUCCAGACAACGUUAUUUUCUAUACACAACGUUACCGUUACUUACAAGAGCUGUACGAAUCACUAGCUGGAGCGAGUCAGUCAUUGGACGACAACUUCUUCCAAGAAACAGUAAUAAGGCGGGUCAUCACCAAGGAGCACCUAACAGCUGUAAGUGACAAACUUGGCACAGAUGAUAGAAUCACGGUGGCACUGCAAAACAUGGUGGAGAAUUUUGAGCCUCUCACAGUGGAGAUGUAUGAGACGCUAGUUGGCACAGAUCUGGCGAUUCCUACAGAAACAUUGAAAAUGACAUUUCUUCCAGAGCUGUAUGUUACCAUCCUGUACACACUUGGGAAAGCCCUCCCCAACAAGGAUGAUGAGGACCCUCAAGGAUCUAACAGCGGUCACCUGCGGCAAGCGCUAGUCAUUAGUGCUCUCUCUACAUGCGCAAAAGUCAACAAAGCGAUGGGGGCUAUGUUUCUUGUCUAUUUCCUGGUAAUGACUGACAUACUGGGCAAUGCUUCGAUAGUGAAGUUAAGAGGGGAGCAAAACUCAUUGGACAAACAGAAACAAGAUAUGAAUCAAAUGAUAAAGGGACUGACCACAUCCCAAUGUUAUGACUUCGGGGUACUGGCAAAUUUAGGCAACAUCAUCGUGAUGAACUACUGUGCAAAUUUGAUGAAGUAUUGCACAAUAGUUGCUGAGAAUGCAGAGGAAGUUGACCUCAUCCCAAUGGGACAAAGAAUGUACGGUAAGAUGCUUGAACUGGUUGGAAUCGAGAGUAAAGCUGGUAACACACCCACGAAACUGACAGAAUACUACAUCACAGCUGGGGAGUUCAAGUUUAUGACCGAGGAACUGGAGGAGGCAGCUGAGAUGUUCCGGAAAGCCUACAGGGUGGAGCUGAAGAGGGAGGAGUACCACCCAAGUAUUGGGGACGCGCUGCUAGAUCUGAUUUACGUCCACAUCAAACAGAACGAGCUGAGGAGAGCCAGAGUGUGCACCAGACGACUUCUGCAGCUGGCACAGGACCACUGGCCAGAGAGCGUGACCGCAGCUGAAGGGGUACUCAAGGGGGUCUGUUGCAAGAUAGUUUUCCGGGCACCUAAACGGAACCAGGAAGAAGACAAAUCCAACAGCAUCAAAGUGAAUGCGGUCAAUUGUGAUAGAGUAACAACAGUUUAGAUACAAGACAAAGAUAUUUUGGAUUAUUUGAGAAGAAGGAAUCUGCUGUUGCAAAUGUUGCCCCAGGUAUGGAUGAAAACAGGGCCAACAAGGCAUCCAGAGAUUGCAAACUGCCAAUCCACCCAUAGUCACACACACACACACACACACACACACACACACACAUGCACACACACAUACACGCAUACAUACA